AUGCUUCCCCAGGUUCAGGCUCGACUGGACGAUACUGCGGCGGCGGUGUGGGUGGAUUGCGUCGUGGUUGGACAUAGCCCGGCCACCUUCGUCGCUGAAAUAACAACGACGGCCCUUCGGAUCGAUGUCCUUUAUCUCAUCAUCGGCAAAAAUAACUGUUGGACGAACGGCGACGUAGGCUUCCACGCCAAAGGGAAUGGGAGCCCCAAAGCGUUGAAUUUGAGGCUCGUCAAACGGAUGAUUUACUGCAAGCUGAAAUUUGUGCUUAACGUAACACGACCCUUGAAAAUAAUGAAAGCUACAUUUACGCUUCUGAUGGCGAUGCUACUUGUCAGUUGCAUUUGUCACGCAUCGCAUGAGAGCGAAAAAGACCGGAGGGCCAUUGUAAGCCAGUUUGACCAAAUAAGAAUUUAUGAAUCGGAAACGGAUUGCCUGUGCCCAGCAGGUCUAAACACGAAGGGAACUUACUUUUUUUUCUGUGGCCGUGACCUCACACCAGCUGACAAAUGUGCCCCCGAAGGUGUGAUGAGGUGCGUUAAUGGACGAACUAAAGCAAUUCUAAUCAAGGACUGCACAACAUUAGGAGCCAAAUGCAGGCAACAGACUAUCUUGAAAAGUGGAAAGCAUUGCCCCCACUGUGAAGCUCAUGGUACGAAAGAUUGCAUGAUAUAGAAGUAGACCCCCAUUAUGAGAAUGAUGAGGACGAAACUGGUGAAAUAUUAGAUAUAUGUAUUUGACAAUGAUUGGUUUAAAUCGAUUUACGUUUUUGGAAGAUUCCGAACAAAUUAUGCAAUACAUACCUUAAAAUAAUGUAAACUAUAAUAAAUUGAUAUGCAAAAUGUGCUAUAAUUUAUAAUCUA